AUGAUGAUUCUUCUUAUUGUUUCAUUACUUAGUGCUGUUGCCUAUUCUUCUAGCUCUGAUGCUUCAUGUCCUUCAGCCUAUUGUUCUUCAUGUAAUAGUCAAGGAUGUACUGAAUGUAUUGAUAAUUAUGUUUUAAUUGAAGGACAAUGCGUAUAUGCUAGAACUGCCAUUAGUCAUUGUUAUAAAGCCAAAAACAAUAAAUGCGAAAAAUGCUUUGAUGGAUAUUAUCUCAAAAAUCAACAAUGUAUUGCUAAAGAUAAAAAUUGUGAUGAAUAUGAAAAUGGAAUGUGUGAAGAAUGUGAAGAUGGAUAUACUCUUGUUAAUGGUGUAUGUACUGCUUGUUCAAUUAAGGGAUGUGAAAAGUGUACACGUGGAGUUGACACAUGUGAUGAGUGCGAAGAUGGUUAUAAAUGGAAUGGAAAUGCUUGUAUUCAACCAGUUCCAAAUUGUGAUGAUUUUGAUGAUGGAGAAUGUACUGAAUGUAUUGAUGGAUAUAUGCUUAAUGGACAAACUUGUGAAAAAAUUCCUAUAAAUAAUUGUAGAAAGUAUAAAAACGGAGUUUGUGUCAAAUGCUUUGGACCUUAUAAGCCAGUUAAUGGAACUUGUACUGAGGCUGUUGCUCAAGUAAUUGAACACUGUAUAGAGUAUGAUGACGAUGAAUUUGAAUGUGAAGAAUGUGAAAUUGGAUAUACAGUUGAUAAGUCUGAAACUAAAUGUAUUCAAUGUGACCCAUCUUGUAAGACUUGUGAAGAUUAUGCAAAUAAAUGUGAGACAUGUAAUGAAGGUUAUUAUAUACAAGAUAAUUCAUGUGUUAGAUGUAGUAUUCAGUCUGAUGUUUGUGGAGAUUAUAAAAAUGAAGAUCAAUGCUAUUCAUGUAAUAAUAAAUGUAAUUGGUAUAAUGGUGCUUGUGUUGAAUCUCAUUGUACUAAAAUGGAUGAAGAUGAGGAUGAGUGUGAACAAUGUGAAGAUGGUUAUUAUUUAGAAAAAGAUAGAAAGAUAUGCAUUAAAGGUGAUGGAUGUUUAGAAAAGAAGGGAGAUAAAUGUGUUAAAUGUUCACAAGAUUUCUUUAUAACUUCAGACUUCAAAUGUUUAAGAUGUGAUGCUGCUUGUAAAACAUGUUCAGAUAGUGCAUCAAGUUGUCACUCAUGUUUUGAUAAAAGUUCUGGUAUAAGUAAAGUGACAUGCACUAAAUGUUUUGACCCUCAUUGUUUAGAGUGUGAUGAAAAUCCAGUGAUUUGUACAAAAUGUACUGGUAAUUAUACUGUUAAUGAAAUUGGACAAUGCCAAAUGGGUUGUUUCAAAGAAGAUGUAGAAAAUAAAUGCACAAUGUGUUCCGAUAGACAAAAUGAAAUGAAUAUUUAUUAUCCUCCAACUGAUGAAGGAAUUUGUAUGAGUUAUUCAAAAAUGCCAAAUACUCCAUCAUCAACUGAAGAUUCUUCCAUUUCCGUUUUCUUUACUUUUAUUGGAAUUACAGUCUUCUUAUUAUUCUAA